AUGCGUGGGUUUUCGAACGCCAAACGACACAUUAGCAAACAACAAUCUCAAUUUCAAUCUGCUUCUUCUGGGGGACGCAGCCUCAUCCCUCCCAGUGGAGGUUUGAAUGCGAGUAGUGACUGUUCCGAGAAAUCAAAGAAGGAGAAGGUGAGAAGCUUGAGUGCUGUUGCCAAAGCAUUAUCAAUGGGUUGCCGUGUCUCUCACUCUCCAAAACCAACAAAGAAAUUUAAACUUCCCAGAAAGUUUCCGAAGGACUGCAAUGGCGUCGAUCAUGCCUCUGUUCCGCGGAAGAUACGUUCAGCUGUGACAAAACGGGGUCGCGAAUCUAUCUUUGGGGAUUCAGAAAAGGUGAACCAUGAGAUGAACGGAAUGGAAUCUCCUCAAAAAGAUGGCAUAAAGAAAUCCAAAAAACAAAGAAGCCCGGUCUGGUCCACGAGGCAAGUUUUGCCCGGGCCCAUAACGAAAGAUGAGGAAGAGGUUGCGGAGACUCUCUAUGCCUUGGCUGGAAUGUUCCCUGAUAACGGCUCCAGUGUUAAGAGUGAACCAGACAGUGAAUCUUUACCAGAAAACUCCACGGUUUUGCAGGACCAAGAGGAGAGUCAGAGUGCUACUGCUACUCUUGAAGCUUCGGGAGCUACUCAGGAGGAUGGAAAAAUACCACCUAAGGGGUGUAAAAAACUCAGUUCUUUGAGUGAAACCAUUGGUCCAGAGCAGACUGAUUUUCCUGAUAGUGCUAAGUUGUUUGUGGCUGCUACUCACAGCACUGUUCAAAAAGUAAAUCUGCAGGCCGUGCCUUUGAUGGUUAAGAGUGAAACUGGCGGCAAAGUUGCAUUGCAGGACUCUGAAUUGUCUCUGGACAUGGGGUGGGCUGGAAGCAUUGACUGCAUGCAAGAACAACAUAUAAUCAAGUACCAAAAAGAAACUGAAGGCCGAGCAUGGUGGCCAGGCUUGUCUCCCACUGCAUCAGCGGGAAUUGGUGCUUCUUAUUUGCAGUCUUCUUCAGCUGCUAAAACUCUAGAUUGGCUGAAUACUGCUACUGGCUCCUCGAAACAGGAUUUGAUGGAAAGUUGUUCUUCUGGUGGAAAGAUUUCCGAAAUUGUUAUUCAUAAUAAAAAACCUUGGAAGAGCUGUUCAGCUCAUGUUCACAUCAGUCAUCUCAUCCGUAGUUUAGAAGAGUCAAAACGACAGGUGGGCAAAGGACAUGAGCUUUAUGAAAGUCAUCAAGCGCGAGGACACGAAGGGUCAAAAUGUGGGCUUCUAAUGGAAGCACUCAACUUGAAUUGGAUGAGAAGUGGAAAUAGUAAUGCCUCUGGAACUGUUCAUUCCGCUACUAAGAGUAAUUCACGUGAAACUAAGAAUGGUAUUCUUCAACAUAGCCUUUAUCACGACAUUUCUCAGAUUUCAUCAACACCUGGCGUGCAUGGUCCUCAAAAACAAAGUUUCAACUUCUUGUCCUUGUCAACUGGUGGUAGUGAGGUAAAGGUCAACGAAAGUUUUAAUAAAGACGAAAGUAAGUUGGAACCAUAUUCAAAAUCGCAAGUGCCUUAUUUUCAAUCACUACAACAGCGGCAUGGCCUCAUGCCCAUUCAAAGUCCGUAUGCCUCAACUUUCCUUGAUCAGCUUCCUGUUGUAGGACCACAGGUUCGGUUGCAGCAGCAGCAGCCUCAUUAUUAUGGUACCCCGUUACGUGGAACUCAUUAUAGUUCGACACUUUCCUAUAAACAACAGCACCAAAGUUUUUGGGCGGUGCAGCUUGCAGCUCAAGGUGGGUCUGCUGUAAAUUGCAGCAUUGUGAGGGGCCAAUAUCCUAAUUGGCAAAGUGGUAGAAAUGACUCUUCUUUACCGAGUCCUUGUCCCCAACUAAUCCUUCCCCAUUCCCCUGCAUCCUUAGAAGCACUUGGAUCCAAGAUCCCUUCAAUCUCUGAGCAACAACACCUCUUUACCUUCGCUUCAUCAAGAUCCAGUGCAAAUGUGCAAGACUUUCAUCUUACUUCUUCUGUAUGUGAAGAAAGUAAAGGUAGAUUACGUAGCAGUAAUGGUACCCCAUCGCUACAAUUGUUAUGUGAUGAAGGUAUCUGA